GAACGAAGACAUGCGAUGAAUAUAUAUUCCCAACUAUCGCAUGAAAAUAUCGAUAGUUGUUCAGCCCUAUGUAAAGAACAUAUCUUCAAAUAUAGCGAGAGAUUAUCAACAAACAACAAGAUGAUUGCUCUCAUGUUUUGGCUUCUAAUUUGGCUGCUUAUCAUAACCGCAACUAUUUUCAUUUGCCUUCGCCAAUGGAUCCAACACAACAAGAAGAUAAUACAAGGCACCCAAUCGAAAAAAGACCGAUUGUAUGUUGGCAUUUUCCAUCCAUAUUGCAAUGCGGGUGGCGGAGGGGAGCGUGUCUUAUGGUGUGCGGUGAGAGCGUUGCAGAAUAAGUAUGAUAACAUUAAGAUUGUUAUUUACACGGGAGACAUUGAUUCGACGCCAAGUUCUAUUUUGCAAAAGGCGAAGAAUGUUUUCAACAUCUCCCUCGAAGUUGACAAAAUUACCUUUGUGUUUCUGAACCAACGCCAUUGGGUUGAAGCGAGAAAAUAUCCACACUUCACUUUGCUGUGCCAGAGUCUGGGCUCAAUCGUCUUGGGCUUGGAGGCUGUCUGCAAAUUUCCUCCAGAUAUUUUCAUUGAUACCAUGGGAUACUCCUUUACAUUCCCCGUUUUUCGAUAUCUAGCCGGCUCCAGAGUUGGGUGUUACGUUCAUUAUCCUGUGAUAAGCACGGAUAUGCUUAAGAAAGUGCAAUAUCGCCAAUCAUCAUUCAACAACAAGGCAUAUGUUGCGCGUAAUCCUUUCCUCACAUGGUUAAAGCUUUCAUACUACCGUCUGUUUUCAAAGACGUAUAAAUGGGUAACCCGCUGCUCAGAAACUAUUAUGGUGAAUUCAACAUGGACCGAAAACAAUAUUGUAGACUUGCUGAAUGACCCAUUGAAAAUUCAUAGAGUGUAUCCGCCGUGUGAAACGAAACAUCUAACAAGUCUCGAGCAUACUGGAAAAGAUGACGAGAUCCUGAUCGUAUCUGUCGGACAGUUUCGUCCCGAAAAGAAUCAUCCUCUGCAAUUACAAGUGUUGUAUGAGCUGAGAACGUUGUUAGCUAGAGAUGAGGCUCUGUGGAAUCGAAUAAAACUUCUUAUAGUAGGAUCUUGCCGACAUGAGGAGGAUUACGAAAGGUUACGUAACAUGCAGGACCUCGCAAAGCAUUUAUCACUUGAAAACUCAAUAGAGUUUAGAGUAAAUGUUACGUAUGACGAACUAUUAAAGAUUUUUCAACAAGCUAAAAUUGGCAUACACACGAUGUGGAAUGAACACUUUGGAAUUGGAAUCGUUGAAUGUAUGGCAGCUGGGCUUAUAAUGAUUGCUCACAGGUCUGGAGGUCCUCUACUUGAUAUUAUUGAGACUUCUGAAGGUUCCCAAAAUGGGUUUCUUGCAACAGACGCUGUUGAAUAUGCAGCCAGCAUAUUAAACAUUAUAUUAAAUUCUGCAGAAGCAAACAAAAACAUUGUUAGUUCAGCAAGGUCAUCUGUUGAGAGAUUUUCAGAAAAAGAAUUCGACGAGCAGUUCAUACGUGCACUUUCCCCGCUUUUUGUUUAGCCUUUAACAAAUGAAAAUGUAGGAAAUAAUUAACUUAUUGCUGAAUAAAUUACAAUGUUCUUAUAUAUAAAAGUCCUUCAUAGUAUAAAAGAAAUAUUAAAUGUCAAGAACACUUCUUCCAGUUAACUAAACAAAAUAGAGAGCUCACGAUCAUACUGGCCACGACGCGAUCGCAAGCAAAGUUUCAACAUCCUACAUUUGAAAGGAUCUACGGGACAUGAUUUCUUUAGAAGCUGUGAGGACGAAGGGGAGACCGAAGGCUUCCAGCAUCACCUUUGUGACGGUCCGGUACUUAAUUAGAAAUUGACCCGCCGAAAAAGCUGAAUUCCUACAAAGAGCGACUAAUCAAUUUCCUGGCUAUCUCCGCACCUAAAAACCGUUAAAUCAUGUGGCCGCCUAGCAGCCAAUAUAUUUUUUUCAUAUUGUCAUAUAUUUCCAGUUUUAAAGUAAAUGUAUAUUACUUAUAUAAAUUAA